AAUAUCUGCAAAGAAACCCAAUUAAUUCGUGAGAUUGCAUAAUUGAAAUGUUUUAGAAAUGUUUUUUUUUUGGUAAUCUUAAUUGGAGUGUUCAUUUUUGGUGAUUUGGUAAAGAGCUUUACCAUCGCAGGCCUGCCAAACUGAUUAAUUUCUGGAAACUAAUUUCAACGUGUGACAAUUAGUUUAGUUUCAUUUUACAUAUUCUAACAAAAAGUACACAAUAUGAUGAUGAAAAUGAAAACUUAAUGAUGAAUUUUCUAGGGGUAUAUACGUGUUGUGUUGACAGUGAUACGUCAUUUUCUUCAAAUUUUUUCUACUCUAUUGGGAUUUAGGGUUGCUGAUAGAAAUUAGAAACCCAGUUUUUAUUAAAAGUAAAGAAUUGAACUGACAUAUAAAAAAUGUUAACUGUUUAAACUCAGAUGUAUCAUAUGAUUGUAUGUGUAUUAGUACACUUAAUUAUAAUCUGAAAAUUUACAAUGAUUAAGAAUGUGUUUUUGAAGUUGACUUCUGUGUUCUUAUCGAGACACUUUCGAUUGUGGAUCGACUUCUUAACGACGUGUUUAAUUUCUUUUACAUGUCAACCUGCUGGAUGAUGCAAUGGAAAUCAAUUAUCAGACCCCAAUGGUCCAAUGUACUACAACGGCUAUUAUCAUCUCUUCUAUCAGUACAACCCCAAAGGCGCUGUCUGGGGGAACAUAGUUUGGGCUCAUUCCGUUUCCAAGGAUUUGAUCAAUUGGGUGAGACUCGACCCCGCGAUUUACCCGUCGAAGCCUUUCGACAAGUACGGCUGCUGGUCGGGUUCCGCCACCGUCCUGCCGGAAAACAAACCGAUUAUAAUGUACACCGGAAUUGUCGACGAGGACAAAACCCAGGUUCAAAAUUACGCGAUUCCGGCGAACCUGUCGGACCCCUAUCUUCGCGAGUGGAUAAAACCUGACAAUAAUCCUUUGAUCGUCGCCGACGUUUCCAUCAACAAGACAUCCUUCCGUGACCCGACGACCGCCUGGUUCGGCCGCGACGGCCACUGGAGGCUCGCCGUCGGCAGCCGGAGGAAGCACAGAGGGAUUACGCAUUUGUACAGAAGUCGUGAUUUUAUCCACUGGGUUAAGGCCAAGCAUCCGCUGCAUUCGGUUGCCGGGACAGGGAAUUGGGAGUGUCCUGAUUUCUAUCCCGUGUCCGUUAAAGGUAAGGAUGGAUUGGAUGUCUCCGCCGACGGCCGGCAUGUGAAGCACGUGCACAAGGUGAGCUUGGACGUCACAAGAUAUGAGUAUUAUACAAUUGGCACGUACAACACUGAUUUGGAUAGGUAUGUUCCUGAUCCUGGACUUAUCGAUGGAUGGAGAGGCUUGAGGUAUGACUAUGGCAACUUUUAUGCCUCGAAAUCGUUCUUCGAUCCGAAGAUGAAGAGGAGGAUAUUGUGGGGUUGGGCGAAUGAAUCGGAUACGACGGAGCAUGAUAUUAAGAAGGGGUGGGCUGGAAUUCAGCUUAUUCCUCGGACUAUUGUGCUUGAAAGCAAUGGGAAACAACUGCUGCAAUGGCCAAUUAAGGAAAUCGAGAGUUUAAGGAAGAAGAAGGUGGAAAUGAAGAGAACAAGUCUCAAAAGUGGAGAUAUGGUUGAAAUCAAGGGAGUGACUGCUAAUCAGGCCGACGUUGAAGUGGUGUUUUCAUUUGAAGAUUUGGACAUGGCGGAGCCUUUCGAUCCGAGUUGGGAUAAACACAAUGGACAGAAGCUUUGCAGCCGCAAGAAGUCGAAUGUUCCUGGAGGAUUAGGACCAUUUGGGCUUGUGACUUUGGCUUCUAAACACCUGGAGGAAUACACUCCAGUGUUCUUCAGAAUUUUCAAGGAUGAAGAUGAUGACAAGCAUAUUGUUCUUAUGUGUUCUGAUGCAUCCAGGUCGACAUUGAUGGAUGGUAAGUCUUCAAUGGAGGGUGGGAGUGAUGCAUACAGACCCUCAUUUGGGGGAUUUGUUCGUGUAGAUUUGAAGGAUAAGAAGCUUUCUUUAAGAAGCUUGAUUGAUAAUUCAGUGGUGGAGAGCUUUGGUGCCAAGGGGAAGACAGUGAUCACAUCUAGGGUUUAUCCCACUCUUGCAGUAAAUGGAAAAGCCCAUUUGUUUGCUUUCAACAAUGGCACUGCUGCUGUCAAAAUUGACAAGCUCAAAGCCUGGACCAUGAACAGCCCACUGAACAUGAACCAGUGAUCAAAGAAGAUAUAUAUAUAUAUAUAUAUAUAAAUGUUGGCAAAUUGACUUGCACUGUAAUAAUUCUCUUUGGGCUUAAAUUUUGUCAGAGAAAUUUUUUCUAUUUUGAGUUGGAUACGCCAUGCAUAACAUACUGAUCACAGCUAUAUAUAUUAAUUAUUAAUUGUUGCUGCAUUAUUCUUUCUUCAGAUUAAUGAAUUCUUCAACAAAAUCCCUAUGUGUAUGAGCUGAUCCACUUUAUCUGAAACUCACUUUUUCUUCA